AUGAAUGAACUAUUGCAGUUAUUAAUAUCGAAAAACUCGCGUACUCUAUCGUUAUUUGAGUUUAAAUACUACAUUUCUUCUCUGUCUAGUACCACAGAAACAAUCUUGUUUAAUUUAAAUCUGUGUUGUGAGUUGUUCAAGCUCAAAAAACUAAACUUGACAUGGAGUAGUGUUGAUUCAGCAGAAAAUUUGACUAACCUAAUAUACUUAAAAAAUUUAAACUUAUCCCAUAACACCAUCGAAGACAUUGCAGAUUUGUCCUCUUUAAUAAAUUUAAGGAAUUUAGACAUUUCUACAAACAGCGUUGCUGAGGCUCAGGGUCUAUCAAAUUUACUGCAAUUGGAAAUAUUAGAUUUGUCUAAUAACCAAAUUACUUCAAUGCAUUUUUUAUUAAAUCUAAUAAAUUUAAAAGCUCUAAGUCUAUCACAUAAUAAAAUCGAUGAAAUUAAUUAUCUAUCCGGUUUACUAUUUCUAUCCUUUUUAGACUUGUCUUAUAAUCAAAUUAUAAAAAUCAAAAACUUAUCAAAUCUGGUAAACUUAAAACAUUUAAAUUUGUCUUAUAAUCAGAUUAGCAUGACAGAAAGUUUGUCAAAAUUGACGGUUUUGAAUACUUUAGAUUUAAAAUAUAACAACAUCACAAGCAUAAAGGAUUUUUCUGAUUUACCCAGCUUAAAAACUUUGAAUUUGGAAUUGAAUCAAAUUAAUCAAAUCGAAGACAAUUUCGAUUUAACCAAUUUGAAUUACUUGAAUUUAAAAUAUAACAAAAUUAGUGAAAUCAACAAUAUAUUGUGUUUAGCAAACUUAAAGAAUUUAACUAUAAACAAUUGCAAUUUCGUCAGCCAAAUAGACGCUGUUAGUGGAUCGUAUCACUUGAUGAAUCUUGAAUUUCUAGAUCUUUCCAACAAUAAGAUCAAAUGUAUCGAUUUAUCAUUGAAUUUUAAUCAGUUAAAGACAUUAUUAUUAAACAAUAAUGUAAUCAAGGUAUUUUAUAUAUCUCCAAAUUUGAAAAAUCUUCAAGUUUUGAAUUUAAGUUCCAAUAAAAUCAAAGAAAUAAUUAUAGAUAAUAAUAGUGAUUUUCCAUUCAUGAAACAAUUAACCGUGAAUAACAAUAAAAUAAAUAAACUAUCUAAUUUCGAUAAAUUCAAUAACCUUGAACAUUUAAAUAUAUCAUAUAAUGAGAUCUCUGAAAUAACCAGCACCAUUGAAUUUUUAAUAAAAUUAAAGGUUUUAAAUUCAUCUUCAAACAGGAUUCAUUCAAUCAACGAAAAAGCAUUUGACAAUCUUAAUGAUUUAGAGGAACUAUAUUUGUCAAAUAACUUCUUGACCACUUUUAAAAUUAAAAAAAGCAUGUUUCAAAAGUUAACUCGUUUUUCAUUAUCAUCAAAUAAGGUUAUAAAUUUAGAUUUUGUUGAUAAUUGCGAAUCCCCCAGAGAAUAUUUACCCGAAAUUAGGUUUUUAUUUUUAGAUUGUAAUCAAUUGGAGAAUGUGGAUUGGUUGCAAAGUAUAUCUGGAAAUCUAAUUCAACUUUUUUUAAAUAACAAUAUACUCAAGAAAUUUGGAGAAUUCAAUAAUCUAAAACAAUUGGAGGUGCUUUCUCUAUCAAAUAACUUACUAGAAAGUAAUGAUUUUUUGGAAUUCUAUCCCUGUUCUUUGCGGCUUCUUUAUUCUGAUAAUCCAUUCAACUUGAGAAAAAAAUCCAAGUAA